UAUUAUAUGAUUGAUGCCUAUUAUCAUCAACUCUCUCACAUAGAAAGAGAAGAAAAAAAAAAGAGAGAGAGUCCACCACCAGCCACUCCCCUCUAACCUGUCUCACCAACUCGCAUCUAGAAGCAAUUAGGCUCUUUCUUUCUCUCUCCUAUCUCUCUCUCCUCUCUCUCUCUCUCUCUCUCUCUCUAAUAGUCAAAAGCCUAUAUAAUCAAAUCCUCCAAUUCCUCUCAAGGGCCGGCCUUAAUGUUCCAGCAACACAAAAAACAAGGCCACCACUUCCCACACCACCGCUAGUUCUCCUCCAAUUUUUUCCCCCUAAAAGCUUAGAAAACCAGAAAAAAAAAAAAAGAGGGAGAAAACAGAAAGCAAAAAUAUAUAUAUAUAUAUAUAUAUAUAUAUAUAUAUAUAUCUGUUUAUUUUUAAAACAACAAUCUCUCAUCCCAUCUAGCUACUACUUUGUUAUUAUAUCCUACAACUCAAAAUGGGAAGGUCUCCAUGUUGUGAAAAAGCUCAUACAAAUAAAGGAGCUUGGACCAAAGAAGAAGACGAUCGGCUUAUUACUUAUAUUCGUGCUCACGGUGAAGGUUGCUGGCGUUCACUUCCCAAAGCUGCUGGUCUUCUCCGCUGUGGAAAAAGUUGCAGGUUGCGUUGGAUUAACUAUCUCAGACCUGACCUCAAACGUGGCAAUUUCACAGAGGAAGAAGACGAGCUCAUCAUCAAGCUCCAUAGCCUUCUUGGAAACAAGUGGUCUUUGAUUGCUGGAAGAUUACCAGGAAGAACAGACAAUGAGAUAAAGAACUACUGGAACACCCACAUAAGAAGAAAGCUCUUGAACAGAGGAAUAGACCCUGCAACUCACAGACCACUCAACGAAACAACAACAACACCACCACCUCAGGAAACAUCAACGACGAUUUCUUUCGCUGCCUCUGCUGUUAAAGAAGAAGACAAAACGACCACAACAACAACGACGACGACGACAACUAGCACAAGUGGUGGUUCGGUUGGAAAGGACCUCGUCGUUUUGAACCCCCAAAUUGUUGUUAAAGAGAGUUGUCCAGAUUUGAACCUCGAGCUCAGAAUCAGCCCACCUUACCAGAAUCAGACUGCUGCUGAUCAGCCAUUGAAGAGUGGCGGAAGAAGAUUAUCAAGUGGUAGUGGUGGUCUUUGCUUUUCUUGCAGUUUGGGUUUGCAGAACAGCAAAGAUUGUAGCUGUGGGAUUAUUAUUGCUGGUACCAGUACUACUACUGCUACGGGAAACAGCAAUAUUAAUGGUUAUGAUUUCUUGGGUUUAAAAAGUAAUGUUUUGGAUUAUAGAGGCUUGGAAAUGAAAUAAUAAUCAUGAACAUAUAUUAUUACUAUUAUAUGAGAAAAGAAAAUGAGAUAAAAAAGAGAUUAUUGCUAUAAAAAAAAAAAUUCGUAAUUUUGAAGGCUGAUCUCUUUGUUUUUCUCAUUUUUCUUUUUCUUUCUCUAAUUUGUAUGACAAAAUUAGUUUAUACUAUAGUAUAGUUCAGGUACAGUUGAUAAAUACUAUUUUUUUCCUUUUUUCUUUGAGGCUAA